UCGCAUGAUUUUUGCACUAUGCAUGCGGGCGCUGUGUUUACCGUAUGUGGAAAUUAAAAAAGCGUGACAUUUACUAGAGCAGGCUUGGAGGACUUCUUGCACCUCGAUCACGCAAGGAACAUAGGCCUACGUGCAGAGGUCACCAGAUGUCACAGGAUAGGAGGACUUUCAGGAAAUCGGCGAAGGCCUCAUUGUCAAUAUGCACUGUGAACUAGUGUGCAGUGUACCGCUGUGGCAAUAAGCAAGCUCAGUAAAUGUAACAGCGUGCAAGUACAUGCAUUUCUUGGUAGUGGUACAGUCACUGGGUACAGUUUCUCUGUAUUCUGCCCGACAGAAGUGCGUGCUGUGCUCUGGUAUUGGUUACGAUUACCACCAGGAAAGCAGGAAUACUGGCCAUCUGUGGCUCACCUUUGGGUUGUAUUUUUUCAGAGCAAUACAUGACAUUAGUGGUGCCUUGAGUUCUGAUGAAUUUCUGUGCUACGUGGAGUCAACAAAUUCCUUCAUGUAUUGCGCAUUACUUUCAAGGAUAGCAGGGUGACUACAUUGUUCCUGUUUGUGACCAGGGGAUCGAAUCAAUCAAGUGGAGCAUUUUUAAAAGCGAAAGUGGAUCGAUUGGAACUGUGUGGAUUAGUAUCCAGCAACAGAGGGAAGCCAUUCGCUCACUUGGUGGCUGAUUACUAGGCUGUGUAGAUCGUGUUUGUGGUGUUCCAUGUUCCAUGAGGCGGAAAUGUGAACUUCAGGCUCAAGGAAUUGGGAAAACCAACUAAACCUCGAGUUAGUCUCUCUCCAGUGUCAAAACACAGAGCUGCUCGCCAGCCAUGGGGCAGCCGGACGACUUCCAUCAGACCAGCGACCGAAGAAGGGACAGAGUCAGUCGCAGCUCCGCAUCCAAGAGCAGCGAGGAGUCUUUUCUCUUGCAAGCCGCCAGCAAGGAGGAAUCCUCCAGCAGGAACACCAGCUCCAGCAGCCAGUCUCAGGACACGGAUUUUUCUCUCAGAGUUCAAUUGCCCAGUAAGAGACAACAUCAUGAGCCUCCCCCGACUCAGGCUGGGCACUGCCAGCACUGCCUCAGGUGGUCAGGUCUCAAUAAGCAGGACCAUUAUCGUGAGGUGAUUAAAAACGUCUUUGAGCGGCCGGACAGCACCCAUUGGCAGACUGCGAUACGUACCGUGAAAUUGGAGCGUGACGACAAAGGAUCACUGGGAAUCCGAUACUGCACAGUCAAAGGAGAGGACUCGGGCACCGUGUACACACUGGUCAAUAAGGUCUUCCGUGGCGGACCUGCUUCAGGCAAAAUUCGCCAGGGAGACUGGAUCCUAUCGGCCAAUGGUCAACCUUUGGACAGUGAAAAGGGCAAUACGCUACGGUCCGUUGUCAGUGCCAACAAAAACGACCCCGUCUGCCUCAUCAUCCAACGCCCGGAGGGGAUCAACUGCAGAGAGACAAGCGGGCAGAGUCCACGUCUGCAACGCUCUGUCAGCCAGGAACGACGCAAAGGAGAGGAAGAAGCAAAAGGACCCCACAAGCCCGUGGAGAGAAUGGACAGCAGCAAGAUGUCCACCAACUCCUCCCACACUUCGGAUUCCUCCUCCGACAAGAGUGACAUCCGGCCCAAAACUCUGGAGGACAGACUUCAGGCUCUUGUCAACUCGGGGAACAAUUCCCGGUUGGAUACCCUCAUGCCCAGACUGCCUUGCCUGAGAAUCCUGAUAGCUGGCUGUCAGGCCGAGACGUUGGCUGUAUCUCUCUUGAAGGGAGUGGGGGAAGCGCAGCCAUUGGCCAGUGACAUUGGGAUGCAUUACCGUGCUUGCGUGAAGAAAACAGGCUCGGAGCUCUCCCUAGGUGCUUCCCAUGAGGAUUCCAAGGAGUGGAUAAUGGAGCUCUUGGAGUCCGUCGCCGAUGAGAGCAACUUGAAGCCCGACGCCUUGAGUGAUCGUGUCCAGCUUGAGCUAAUCGCCACGAAGUCUCACCCCUUCUCCACGUACUGUCAACACGUCCUCGCCACUGCCCACUCCAUCUUUGUCAUCCAGUUUUGCUGCCAGGACUUUCUCACCGACAAGCAGUCAGUCCUUCGAGACAUCCAGACCAGACUCAACAAGAUCCGCACCUAUGCGUCCAGCAGAGCCCCCGUCUAUCUGGUGGCAACGACAGAUCACUGCUUACCGGUGGAGCAGCUCACCGCCAUAGGCCAGAGCCUUCAUCAACAUUUUGCCAAAGCCUUCAUGAACCAGCUCCAGUACGACCCUACCACCAACUGCCCCUGCUUUCAAAUUGUGCGGACCAACCCCGGAGAGCUUCUCAACAAAGCGUUCACUGAUCUCAGCCUAGGAGUCAAUUUGGAAUCAGACUUUGAAACGGAGCAGUGUCGUAUUGUGUCAUCCAAGAACUGCAGCACCUUGGAUGUCUGCUACUCUGUUGGAAGUAACCCCGCAUCGUCAGGGAUCCACCCACGGGACAGGGGAUUUGAGGUUGGAAAACUGCGAGACCGCAUAUUGCGCAUGGCCUUUGAGCAGCCGUUCAUCGUGGAUCGGUACCCCUACAAGUACCUGCUGCAUCGUGAGAGAGUCCAGCGUCUCAAAGAGAACAGUCCUCACUAUGCUUUCAAAGCUGGGAUCAAGGGAGAAUGCGGAAGAAACACCUCAGAAAAAGAUCUCCGUAGUCUGCUUUAUUUCCUUCACCACAGCGGAGAUAUCAUAUAUGCAGAUUUUCUUGAGUACCGGACCUCUAGUAGCAACCUGUUCAAAAUUGCCAGCAACAACGUGCUUCUGGACCGUCGGCAUCUCAUUGAGGCCGCCAAGCAACUGACCACCGUUCCAAGCCUCUCCGACCAGCAAGACAGCCACUUCCGUGACUCCAUGCAGCACUGGCAGGACCUGGGCCAGAAGUCCGUCGCUUCAUCGGCAUUCCUGGAGCACCUGCUCCGGCACGACCCCAAGAGCGACCCGGAGAAUUUGCUGACCACGCUAGGGCUGAUGGGAUUGGUUCACUGUCUGCAGAACCCCGACGCGCCUUCAGCGACCAUCCCCACCACCAACACCUACCUAGUCCCGUUCUUCCUUCCCCACGAGGUGCCGUCACCUUACCCUCAACCUCGCAACUCAUCAGGCCAGUCCUACCAGCUCUGUCUAGACUUCCACGGCAGCAUACCCCACGGGUUCUUCCUAGCCUUGCUGGUUCGCCUUCUCGCCAAGGUUCGGGAGACCCACGGUAGAUGGAGUAUCGACGGACCCAGCUCGGCACGCCUGAGCUUUGCCAACGACUGUGAGAUGGACAUAGUGUGCGAUGAGCUGCAGAGUAUCAUCACUAUUUCAGCAAGGUGCAGUGUGACCUACAAACUGCUAGAUCUUCUGGGCGCAAUCACCAACAUCGUGGACGAUCUGAGGUCCGUCAAGUCCGACUUGCAGAUCACCGUGGGCCCACCUUGCCCCCUACACCCCCACCACUGCGAGGUCAGGGCCGGGGAACCAGGGAAGACCCAUGUGAUAGAUGUUGCCGGAGGCAAGGUGCCGGUGCCGCUAUGGUGUGGGGACCAACAGUUGGACUUGUACCCUGAGGUUGACCAGUGGCUGCUCAAACCGGCUGAUAUUAUGCAGGUGUCCUUACUGCCCAGCCACAAUCCCAUCCAAGUCAGUCUGCGCACCCACGUUAAGAAGUGGCCCCCCGCGCUGUUCAACUGGCUGUGCAAUCAGCUGAACGCGCCCCCUGUUGGCAGAGAUUGGCAAGGUCUAGCAGGUGUACUGGGCUACAACGUCGGAGACGUCAGGAUCUUCAAGCUCCAGAGGCAGAGCGUCUUUGAUCCCUGCUGUUCCCUGCUCCUGGACUGGGGCCGGCAUGCUGACUCCACGCUGGAAGCGCUGGUCCGGCUCCUGCACGGAAAACCCAUGGAGAGGUUGGACAUUCUGACGGAUCUGCAGGAGAAAUGGCGGAUUGUGCAGUGAGCUGGGAAAACUUCCCUGCCGGAAAACCUUGGGAAAACUUCCCUGCCGGAAAACCUUGGGAAAAGUUGCCAAUAGGAAACCUUGGGAAAAGGUAAUGGCUCAUAUUUUUUUACAAUGACAGUUUCCCAAUGGAAAGCCAAGACUUGUCGAAAACGUUUUGUGAAACGUAUGUAAGGAAAAAGAGUGGCUUUAAAUAUGAACACUUUCAAUGUCUCGCUGUAGCACCUGACCACGCUACAAUUGGCCAUGGCCUCAUGGUCUGGAGCAUUGAAUUUGUGGUCUGCGGGUAAUUCUGCAGGUUGAGGAUUCGAGUCCAGCCUGGGGUUAUGGUGCAUGUGCCCUUGGGCAAGGCACUUUGUCACUCAUUGCU